AUGGCUGCAGCAGAAAUCCCCAGUUAUAUUGUUUCUUCUCAAGCUGAAAAGCACAGGAGGGCCAGGAACUGGACUGAUGCAGAAAUGAGAGGCUUAAUGCUGGUUUGGGAAGAAUUUUUUGAUGAACUGAAACAAACUAAAAGGAAUGCAAAAGUUUAUGAGAAAAUGGCAAACAAACUAUUUGAAAUGACUGGAGAAAUUCGCCAUGGAGAAGAAAUAAAGAUAAAAAUUACAAACAUGACAUUCCAAUACAGGAAAUUAAAAUGCAUGACCGAUGGUGAAACCCUUGCACCUGAUUGGCCUUAUUUUAAAACCAUUGAUAGAAUACUCUCUAAAGUGUCAGAGCACAAUGAUGUGAAAAUGCAGCCAGGCCCUUCAACAUCACAGACUGAGGCCUCGCAGUCACCAUCUGCCAAGUCUACACCUCUCUAUUUGCCAUAUAAUCAGUUCACAUAUGAAGGGAGAGAAGAAUUUUUUGAAGAUGAGCAUUCUGAGAGUUCCUCCAGCUUACUUUCGUAUAAGUUAAGAACUGAAGAGAGACCUGUAAAGAAAAGAAAAAUGCAAAACUGUAACUUUCAAAAGAAGAAACUGAAGUUAAUGGAAGCAAUGCUGGAAGAACAGAAGAAGCUGAGUAGGGCUAUGGAAGAAACCUGUAGAGAAGUGCGAAGGAUUCUGGACCAGCAGAACAUCAUCCAAGUUCAAAGUCUGCAACUGCAAGAAAGAAUGAUGAAUCUAUUGGAAAAAAUGAUCUCCAAAACCAAUGUUUAA